CCUCUCAGGAAACUAACAAACACUCCAGGCUCCCACUUUGAUGUCACUUACUGGACCUUGCUUUGGAGGUCUGAAUGCAAGAGAUCAGGAUGUUGGAUAAUUAGUGAUGGAAGAAAAAGUCUCUAGAAGAAAAGAGAUGGAAGAGCUCACCCAAACCAGAUUGCAGAAGAUCUGGAUUCCACAGAGCAGCAGCACCAGCAGUGAGCUGCAACGCAGAAGAGGCUCAUCUAUACCUCAGUUCACCAACUCCCCUACAAUGGUGAUCAUGGUGGGUUUACCAGCCCGAGGAAAGACCUACAUCUCCACGAAGCUUACAAGAUAUCUCAACUGGAUAGGAACACCAACUAAAGUAUUUAAUUUAGGCCAGUAUCGACGAGAGGCAGUGAAUUACAAAAACUACGAAUUUUUUCUCCCAGACAACAUGGAGGCUUUACAUAUUAGGAAACAGUGUGCCUUGGCAGCACUGAAGGAUGUCCAUGAUUUCCUCAGUCAAGGGGAAGGUCACGUUGCGGUUUUUGAUGCAACGAACACUACCAGAGAACGACGGUCAAUGAUUCUGCAGUUUGCUAAACAACACAGUUACAAGGCCUUUUUUAUUGAAUCUAUCUGUAAUGACCCGGGCAUCAUUGCAGAAAACAUCAAGCAAGUGAAACUCAGCAGCCCUGAUUACAUAGAUUGUGACCAGGAAAAGGUUCUGGAAGAUUUUCUGAAGAGAAUUGAGUGUUAUGCAACCAACUACCAACCUUUGGAUGAUGAACUAGACAGCCACCUAUCCUACAUCAAGAUCUUCGAUGUGGGCAUGCGCUACUUGGUGAACCGACUGCAGGACCACAUUCAAAGUCGCACGGUGUACUAUCUCAUGAACAUCCAUGUCACACCCCGAUCCAUCUACCUUUGCCGGCAUGGUGAGAGUGAACUAAACCUUAGAGGCCGAAUUGGAGGUGACUCUGGACUCUCUGCUCGGGGAAAACAGUAUUCUUAUGCCUUGGCUAACUUCAUUCAGUCCCAGGACAUCAACUCUCUGAAAGUGUGGACAAGUCACAUGAAGAGGACUAUCCAGACUGCUGAGGCCCUGGGUGUGCCCUAUGAACAGUGGAAGGCCCUGAAUGAGAUUGAUGCGGGUGUUUGUGAGGAGAUGACUUAUGAAGAAAUCCAGGAGCACUAUCCUGAAGAAUUUGCACUACGAGAUCAAGACAAAUAUCGAUACCGCUACCCUAAAGGGGAGUCUUACGAGGAUUUGGUUCAGCGUCUGGAGCCAGUUAUAAUGGAGCUAGAACGACAGGAAAAUGUACUAGUCAUCUGCCACCAAGCUGUCAUGCGAUGCCUCUUGGCCUACUUUCUGGAUAAGAAUUCAGGUGAGCUCCCAUAUCUCAAGUGCCCUCUGCACACAGUGCUCAAGCUCACACCCGUGGCUUAUGGAUGCAAAGUGGAAUCUAUCUACCUGAAUGUGGAGGCCAUAAACACACACCGAGAGAAACCUGAGAAUGUGGACAUUACCCGAGAAUCCGAGGAAGCCCUGGACACUGUCCCUGCUCACUACUGAAUCCUUCCCAGGAGGCUAAGUUGCAUUUCACCUUUAGAAGCAGUUCUCCUUGCUCUUCUACCUUAAGAAGACUCCAGAAUUGGUUCCUCUAAGAAAGGCUUGCUUCCAGUAAAGAAGCCCUCAGAGCUCCAAAAUGGAUCUAAAUUUCUAGCUAUACAAGGAGAUGACAAGCUCUGGAUAAAAAAUUUCCUUUCUUAAUCCCUAGUCCAUUAUCAAUAAAUAUUCUUACUGCUUAUAAGAGGAAUGAGGAAGGUUAUUGUCAGGCAUUUCCCACAUCAUCUUCUUAAGACUCUAGCCUUUGAAGUAAUAUUGAUGCUAUAGGGCUACAGUAUGGGUUAAGGCUUCCUGAAAUAAAGAGUUCCAGAGUAGUUCAUAUCCAAAGUCUCCCAGGCCCCCCUGCCCCUGACCAGCCUCAACUACCUUUCAACUAUCCACUUCAUGGGGCUUGACAUUAUACUUCUACUGAAUCUGACUUCUUAAACACAAGAAUCCCACUAUCUGAUCACUGUCUUUCCAGUCCUUACAAAUCUAUGUCAUCCACAAAAGCCAUGCAGUGCCCUUCCCACACAGUAGACAUACAUGUGGUAUUUUUAAUGAACAAUAAUUGUUCUUGUACUGCAUUAGGAUCAGUCACUUGAUUCCUCUAUUGCCUUUCAAUAUGUUAGAGCUGUAUCUUAUCUUUGUUUUCCCAGCCAAAUCCAGCUUGGAUUCUACAUUAUACCUCUUCAGCUUUUCUCCACUGACCUACCAUAUAAACAGGUACCAGCAUCCCAGUGAUGAAGAAAUAAACUCAUUCAUUCACCACCACCUAGCAAGACCAAAUCUUCUAUAAUCCAUAUUAUUUUUGGUUGGAAUAUACUUAGGGAUGAUGAUUAGUUGCUGAACCAAAUUUACUUGAUUUAAAAUUACAAAUUACAAAUUUAUUUGAUUUAAAUAAAAUCCAUAAAUCCCAUUCAAGCUCAGGGUCACCUUCUGUUACCUGGCAUCCUAUUCCAUUUUACCUUCUCAGUGGUGGGCUACAUCAGUCAGUUCCUGACAAUUUUAUAUCUUUUUCUAGUCUAAUGAUUUUGUCUGCUGUAUUUUGUUUUAAAAUAUAUAUUCAGCAUACUUACUCUCUCUUACUUACCUCCCCCUCAAACACCCUCCCUUGUUCCCAGAUGCACCUCAAGUGACCCACUCUAUUCUAACAUUGUAGCAAAAUGUCUCAAAAAUGAAUUUACACUUACUGUCCAAAACUCUCUCAUUCUGCCUUCUGUCACACACUUUCCCCUCUCCAUUCCUUAACUCUAUCCAUAAUUUCCUUAUCUGCCAUUAUCUAUCCAGUUCCUUAUACUAUUUUGUUUUACUGCCACCAGGGUUAUCUCUGGGGUUUGGUGCCUACACUACAAAACCACCACUCCUGGUGGCCAUUUUUCCCCAUUUUUUCUUUCUAUUUUGUUUAAUAGGACAGAGAGAAAUUGAGAUAAGAAGGGGAGAUAGAGAGGAAAACAGAUCUGAAGUUCUGCUUCACUGGUUGUGAAGCAUCCCCCCUGCAGGUGGGGAGUGGGGGCUUGAACCCAGGUGCUUGCACAUGGUUAAUAUGUUAUCUUAACCCAAUGCACCGCCACCAAGCCCCCUCUUUAUACUAUUUAUGUCAUACUUCCCUGAUAGCCUAAACCUGGAGCCUAUCAGUUGUGCUGUUCUCUAGCUCAUCUAGUAGCUUACAAGUAUGACUCAUAAAAUCAUAAGUGCAUUGGUAACGCAGCGGGUUAAGCACAUAUGGCGCAAAGUGCAAGGACCGGCAUAGGGAGUCCAGUUCGAGCUCCUGGGUCCCCACCUGCAGGUGAGUCACUUCACUGGCAGUGAAGCAGGCCUGCGGGUGUCUAUCUUUCUCUUCCCCACUCUAUCUUCUCCUCCUCUCUCCAUUUCUCUCUGUCUUAUCUAACAAUGACAACAUCAAUAACAACAAUAAUAAUAACUACAACAACAGUAAAAAACAAGGACAACAAAAGGGAAAAUAAAUAAAUAUAAAAAAAGAAAAAUCGUAAGUGCAUUAAGAGAAAGAAAAAUACAACUCCUUUUGUAAAUGUAAGAGAAUACUGAUACCAAUAGGCCACACCCAAAAAAGGCACUGUACAUGAAAAGAAAAAUAAUAAAUCAGGAUUAACAGAUAUAUUUAUCAUAGCCUAUAAACCUUGAUUAGUAGCUGCUUAGAUUGCUCUGUGGACAAAGAUUAUAAGAAUGUACCUUAGCUCAUAAGAGAACUGAUGCAGUGUUCAUAAACAUAGGAAAUAAACUUGAAAGGGAGCAAGUAGUGGCACUGAUUACCAUGUGCAAGGACCCGGGUUUAAGCCCCCACUUCCCUCCUACAGAGGGGAAGAUUCACAAGUGGUGAAGUAGGUCUGCAGGAGUCUCUCUGUCUCUUACCUUCUUUAUCUCCCCUCCUCUCUCAAUUUCUAUAUAUCUCUAUCCAAUAAUAAGUAAAUUUAAAACUAUAUAUGUAUAAAAGGAAUAAACCCAAAAACAAAACAUCAACAAGAACAUAUUUUAGUAUUAAA